AUGCUUAUGAAUGCAGACGAGCGGUGGAAGUUACGGCGCAAGCUCUAUCACCAGCUUAUGAGUCCAUCCAGAUGCGACAACAACCACAGUUCCAUGAUCGAAGCCGAGAUUGUGCAAACACUGAAAGACCUAUUCGUGGAGCCGAGCGCCUUGAUGCAUCACCCGGGGCGUUUAAGCAACAGCAUCAUCAUGUCCUUGGUUUUUGGGAUUCGCACGCCCAGACACGACACAUAUCAUUUUGACGAGCUGCGCCAGAUAAUGACCGAACUAGCCUCCUUGGGCGAUAUCGGAGCAACACCGCCAAUCGACUUGCUCCCGUUCCUGAAAUUCUUCCCGGAGCGGCUUUGGUGUAACUGGAAAACUCGAGCAAAACAAUUGCGAGAAAGGAUGCUUGGUCUCUACCACCCACUGGUUGAGAGAGUCAUAGAACGGCGCAAACAACACGUGGCGCCCCAAUCAAGCUUCUUGGAUGCAGUCCUUGAUCAACAAGAGAAACUGAAUUUAACCAGGAACGAGCUCGAUGUCAUGUGCGGCAAUCUAAUCGAGGGAGGGACUGACACGGUUUCCACAUUUAUUUUGACCUUCUUUCAAGCCAUGGCUAAUCACCCCAGUGUUCAAAAAGAGGCCCAGGAGCAGAUUGACUUAGUCGUGGGUGAUGGACGGAUGCCCAGUUGGAAAGACUACGAUCUCCUUCCUCGCGUCGUCAUGAUCGUAAAAGAAGUGCUUAGGUGGCGGCCACCUACGUCUAAUGGGUUUCCGCACGCGGCAAGCCAAGAUGACACGAUUGAUGGUAUGAUGAUCCCUAAAGGUUCUACAAUAAUCCUUAAUAUCUGGGAUAUCCACCACGACCCCGUUCGCUAUCAACAUCCUGAGAAGUUUACUCCCUCCCGCUUUCAAUGGCAAACCCGUUUAGCGUCCGCGUAUGCAAAUUGUCACGACCACAGAGACAGAGACCACUUUGCUUAUGGGGCUGGACGCCGCUUAUGUCCUGGAAUCCACCUGGCCGAGCGCAUUCUGUUUUUAUUCGUCGUAAAAGUACUUUGGGCGUACACUAUACAUAUGGACUUAGAUACAGAGGGUAAUCCUAUACCAAUAGAUGUCGACCCACGAACCGGAUAUCACCAGGGGGCGAUUAAUGAGUGUCUGCCUUUCAAGGUAAGGUUUGAAUUCAGAUCGUCAGAUCGUCAUAAAAUGGUGUUCGCGGAAGCAGAGAAAGUUAAAACAAAGACUUCUCAGAUAUAAAUCAACUAGUGCCUUUGAUAGUCAAUGAAGCAAGGUUUAAACCCAAAGGGAUAUAUAUUAGAUGCAAAGCUAAGCUGUUCGAAGACGCUUUUGGGUUCCUAGGUAGCUAUUUAGGCAAGCAUCUAUGAAAAGGAAGUCACUUCUAUCCUUAGAUUGAAGGAUGUAAGUGUCAG